AUGACGGACUCCGCGGCUCUGGCGCUCGCGGAGCUUGAGGCGGAGGAGGAGGCGGCGAUCGCCACCCUCAAAGCCGAGUUCAAGGCCCGCAAGGACGCGCUCUGGGGCAAUGUCGGCGCAAGGGUAUCGAUGGGCGGUCCGCCGCCCAAGGGUCGGCUAACCUGCUCCGCGCUCCUGUGUGCGAUGGUCGCGGCACUCGGCGGACUCAUCUUCGGAUACGACAUCGGAGGCGGGGGAGGCGCCCAGGUCAUGCUUGGCUUCAACUGGCAAUUCGGCUUCUUGAAGCCUCCCCAGCUCUACCCCCCUGGGACACCCGUGUCGGAGAUGGACACUGACAUGAACGACCCCCUCAACAUUUUCAUCGGGGAGGCCCAGUACAUCGACGCCGUUGGCAAGAUCGCCUCGCUGUUUACCUUUGGUGCGGCCGCGGGCGCGAUCCCAUCGGGCUACCUUGCGGACACCUUCGGACGCAAACCCUGCAUCAUCAUCUGCGGCCUCGUCUUCUCCAUCGGAGCUUCGAUCCAGGCGUUCGUGGACGUGGAGCCCAAGUCAGAGGAUGAUGACGCUUACAAAGAAGCGGCCACGACGUGUCUGUUCAUUUUCCUGAUCGGCCGUUUCAUUGGCGGCGUUGGCAUUGGCAUGCUCUCCGCGACCGUCCCCGUCUACAUUUCCGAGUGCGCGCGCAAGGAGGACCGCGGCAUGCUCUCCGUCCUCUGGCAGACGGCCAUCGUCUCGGGAAUCACGAUCGCUGGCUUCCUCAACCUGCCCUUUGCCGAAACCGGCCCGGAUGGCAUGUGGGCCGGCGAGCCCCUCGACGGCGGCCCUAUCUUCCCAUGGGGGUGGCGCGCCUCGUUUGGAGGCAACGUAUCAGUUGCGAUACUGCUCUCCGUCCUCAUGCUCGGCAUGCCCGAGUCGCCUCGCUGGCUGUUUGCGCAUGGCAAGGAGGAGCAAGGGAUGCAGGUCCUCCUCAAGCUCCGUUCCACCAAGUUCGAGGCGGAGCAAGAGGCGGCUACGAUCCGGGGCAAGAACGACCGCGAGUCGAACGGAGGCAAGAGCAAGCCUGUCCAAUCUGGCUGGGGCGGGCUGUGUGGCACGUGGCAGCCGUGGGUGGGGAUCAAUGCUAUCAUGUUCUUUUUCCCCAUCCUUCUCUCGCAGUUCUUCGACACGCAGGGCGCCCUGUACGGCAACCUCGGAAUGAACAUCGCGAACGCGUUGGCGACUCUGAUCGCCGUCUUCGGCGUCGACCGCUGCGGCCGCAUCUCCCUGUUUAUGGUCUCCGGACUCUCGAUGGCCUUCUGCCACGCGUGCAUGAUCUACCUCGCGGCCGCCGAGCAAACUACUACGGUGGGCAUGGCUAUCAUCGGCGCGAACCGCCUGUCCCCUCAGCUCAGCCCCGUCCCGCUACUGCUUGUGCACCGCUGGAACGGCCCGCUGGAACGGCUCGCACGCGUGAACUGGCUCAUGAACUCAGUUGUCUCGCAAGCGUACCCAGCGAUGCAAAACUACCAAGCGAACCUCCCCUUCAUCGUGUUUUGCGCCACGCUGACGGUCUACCUGUUCGCCCCUGAGACGGCUGGACUGUCGCUCGAGGAGAUCGACGAGGCCUUUGCGCAGCACCACGUGAAGGCGGCGCGUUCUUUCUGGAAGGAGGCCCAGCGCAGCAGCGGCGACGCGGGCGAGGAGCCAACCAAGGGUGGCGGGGCGGGUAGUGUUGCUGGCUGUGGAGGGACAACGAACGCAAUGGAAGGGCAUGGCGCAUGCGAGACGGAGCCAGAGGGUAGCGGAAUCGCGUAA